AUGCUACUCCCAACCUUCCUCCUCUCCUCCGCCUACUCCAUGCUCGGCGCCCUCCUCUCCUCCCUUUCUCCGCCCGGGGCUGCGGCGGGCAGGCGAUGCGGUAAGGGAUCUCUACGGAGAUGGGUGAGCUCUGGAACGCCAGGGUGGUCGUCGCUCUGCUCAACCGCACCAUCGUCGUGCGACCCGUGCUCGACCACCACACCACCGUACGCUGGAGCUACCCCCAAGUUCAGGGUCGACGACCCGGCUGCGCUCGAGGGCCGCCGUCUGGACGACGCCGUGGAGAUCCUUCGCAAGCUGAGGCGCCCUCCCACUGUGAACGGUGGAGGCUUUGUUGUCACGGACCAGGAUCAAAGGGCUGUUUUCAGCGUCGAUGGCUGUGGGAUCAUAGGUGCUAGUGGGCAGCUGAUUGUCAGGGAUGGUGAUGGCAAUGCAAUCCUUUUCAUUCACAAGAAGGGAGGCAUUGUUCAAGCAUUGAGUGUUAGCAACUGGUGGAGAGGAUAUCUGACCGACUAUGGUGAGCCGAGCAAGCUGGUUUUCAGCUUGCAGGAUCCUAAGCCUGUCCUCUGCAUGAAGGGUGAUGUUCAGGUUACCCUGGAACCGAAGGGGAGAAACAGACACUGGGACUAUGAGGUGACUGGAUCCUUUGUUCAGAGAUCUUGUGCCAUAAAAAACCGAGCAGGCCAUGUUGCAGCACAGAUUGGUGUGAAGGGGAUGUUGGCGGGGAGGGACUUCUACCAAGUGGUGGUGCAACCAGGUUAUGACCAGGCCUUUGUGGUCGGCGUGAUUGCCAUCCUUGACAACAUUCAUGGAGAGUCCACAAGGUGUUAAUGAUGUUAGUAGAGACGAGAGCUGCUCAUCUGUCGAUAAGAUUCAUUACAUUAGCAAUCUGUUAGGAUACAAUUGCAUAGCUGUGAUUGUUUUUCGAAUAUUUCCCUUUUGUUGAUAGGUUACCAUGUACAUGAUAUGUAUGAUUUGGAUGUGUGUUCUGUUGUGAAGUGGUUUCAAGUAGUUUGCUUGCAAAGGAUCUUUGAGUUUUGCAAGUGGUUUCAA